UGGAAUUUGUAUUCUGGGGUGUGGGACUGCAGUUCCAUUAGAACUUAGGACUCAGUAUGAUUUAGAACUCAGGAUCCUCUGACAUUUGUUCCUCCUAGAUGCAGAAUCUGUCAGGGUCUGGAGUCCCAGAGGGUUCUGUUAUACAGAAAUUUGAGAUCUGAUGGGAUACUGAUCCCCCAGGGCUCUGGAUCAGCUGGGAUUGUACUCCAGCAGGAUUCUGGCACCUCUGCUCAUUCUCAGGGGACUUACAGAGUAAAGAUCAGCCAAUCUGGAGAGGAGACAAGAAGAUUGGGAGUGGAAGCAGGAUGUGGAAUUUGUCCUUAUUGAGCCGAGGCUAUGGAGAGCUGGUGAACAGGGAGCACAAACGCCUGGAUGUUUAUUUUGAAACGCAGGAUUAUUUUAACUGGAGGUCUUGGAGAAAUACUGAUUGUAUCUCCCUCAAGUCAUACCAUUCCAAUGACUUUGUCCAGGAUCACCACAAUCCAGCAGUUCCCAGAACGUUCAGCACACGAAGAGGAGCCCUGGUGCUCUACUCUGAGGACUUGGCUUUGCGAGCAUGGCAGCAGCAGCGUGGAGCAAAAUGGAGGCAAAUGGCUCGGCUACAGCUCUGCACUCUAAGUGAUCUGGCCAGCGCUGUCCUUGCAUAUGGACGGAGAGAGAAGGGUUCACAUCCAAACCAAAUGGAACCCUAUCUAUACUUCCUCUUUGGGCACAAGAACCGCAAGAUCCGUCCUGGUUACUCAGCAAAGAGGUACCUCACCUGUCUGACCGAGAGCUGUGAUCCCAGCCUCCUGCACCGGAUGCAAGGCUCAGGUUGUAUCCGGGACCUGAGCUUAUUCAGAGGAAUUUCCAUAAACUCACUCCUUCUCCAUCAGACUAAAUGCGACCUUUCUGAGGUGCCUAGACCAUAUCAGUUUCUGCCCUGCCUUCCCUUUUCUCCCCACUAUCAGAACUGCCUACCUUUGGUAGAGGAAGAAGAGGAGGAGGAGGAGAAUGUGGAAGAGCAAAGUCUUCAUGCAGGUGAACCUUGCCCCAUCUCCCAUGUUAAAGAAGGAGGGUUGGAGCCUGACAGCUGCAGAUCGGGAGAGAGUACAAGGCAGUUGCAGAUGGACAAUGAAGUGGAGUGCACGGCAUUGCAAGAAUCUAAUAUUUACCUUCUGAUUGCUCUGCCACCCAAUAACCAGGAACUGGAUAAAGGAGAACCUGAACAGCCUCCAUGUAGUCCCCUGAUCAAAGACCAGGAAGUCGAAGGGAAGGAUCACGGGCAAAGGUGUGGCAUUCUGGGUCGGCCAGUGAUCGAUUCCUCUCAGCUCUUCAGUCAGAAAUCCAAUGUGACUUAUUAUGGGGGGACAAUGGCUGGGUCGAGAAGAGGCUUAUGUGUGAAAAGCCGACCCAGUGAUCAUUGUGGUUCAGGACAGCCAGUGGAGUCCGGUGGCUUCAAGACUGGACGAUUGCAGCUUCCACCCAUCUCAUUAGACACUGAAGCAGGAGUGUGUCUCGUUGAAGAAGGAAAUAAUGGAGAGCCAGAGCCGCUGAGACUGCCGGUGAAGAGGAGACGUCCUGUUGCUGCUGCUUGGCGUGCUCGGCAGCGACGGGCCAGAACAAAACCAGAGGCAGCGCAACAUGAGCAGCAGUUAUUGCUGCCCCCACUAAUGGACGAUGCUUCUCAAAAUCAGCAUGCUGGAGAUGUCUCUGAUGAGGUGACAGAAAAUGAAGAAAACCCACAGUGUUCUAUUAGUGAAGAACUUCCCAAAGUGGAAAGAGUGAAUGAGGAGGAUCAGCUCUAUGCGAAGUGCCCCAUUGGCACAGAGAUGAGAUCUGGCCUGGAUGGGCAAGAGACUGGAUUUUUACCACAGAUAUCCAGCCCAAGCAAGACUGAGGAAAGGACAGUUGAGAUUCUGAAGAAAAAGACAAAGGAAAAUGAUGUUCUGUUGGAAGAGAAUGUUGUUCGGAGCCUGAAAGAAGGUCCAGUCCUCCAGAUGCUGCCUCCAAUUCAAGGCACAGCAGGUCCAGGAAAGCAAAGCAGCAUGGCAUGCUUCAGGAGUAAAGCCCGUCGAACUAAGACUUCCGCUGCAGGAAUUGUUCGAGGCACUGUGCCGGGGAAACUGAGGGAGGUUCACAAAGAUAUUUCGAUGGGUAGCCUUAUUAUGGCUCCUGAUGGUGACAUUGUUCGACUCUCCAUGCUAGACUCAGUCCGAGGUCCAGCUGGCAGCUUCUUGAGCAGCUCCUCUCAUGCGAAAGGAAGCAAGGCCCCCUUACGGGGCUUUGGUGGUAAGAAGAAUCGAUCAAUUCCAAACCAGCGGAUGGAAGGGGGAUUAGAGACCGAUUCUGCAACAAGAAGUUCCUGUCAGGAGGAGGACGUCUGGUCUAGUUCAGAUGAUGACAUUCUUUGGGAGAUGGAUGGAGACUCCAGUCGAUCCCAAACACCAACCCAGCUCACCUCGAAACAAAGACGAGCACAGAAGGCUCUGAGGCGAAGACACAAGAGGCAGACUCAGCCUGACGGGAAGUCCUCGGGUAAGGGGCACGCCAGCAUGCAGACUCAGCCUGACGGGAAGUCCUCGGGUAAGGGGCACGCCAGCAUGCAGACUCAGCCUGACGGGACGUCCUCGGGAGAACUGGUGAGCAAGUCAGCCAGAGGAGCAAAGGUCAACAACGAGAGAAGGGCCAAGGGAGAAGGAAAGGCCAGUCGCCGACGGCGACGAGACCUUGGUGACACAGAGGAGAUGGCACUAGGGGAAAAUGGAAAUCCGCGUCCAGCUGGUCAUACUCGUCACAACACUGACCACAACUGGAUGUACGAGAGAGAGCACACUCAGGGUACCAGGAAAACUACACGUGGUUCUACCCACAAUAAAACUGCUGCUGGCUCUUCCAUGGCAGCCUGGUCCCAGUCAGAACACGGGAGCCGGGGUACAGACGAAGAACUGGGGUCACCGAUCAGCAGUGGGGAAGGCAAGGGUGGAUACCUUCCCAGAGCCAGCCGGAGGAGGAAGCUGCGAGAGGACGGCUUUGUAGCUGAAGAGGAUUCGGAGGGUGAUGUUGGAGACUGGGAAGCUGAGCCGUGGAGUGAAGUAUCCGAGCGAAGAACUGAAAUCAACGCUAAGAAACAGAAAGCCAAAAAGAAAGGAAGGAGAAGUUCCAACCAGGACCCAGAUAUCGAGGAGGCUGACUGGGCACCCAGCAGUGAAGGAGGGCAGAGAGGGUCUGCAGGAUCGAUCCUGGUACCGGCGGGAGACUCGCCAUCGGAGCAAGGGAGGUCACGUAGGAGACCAGCAGCAAACAAUCCCUCAGAGCCCAGAGGCUCCCUGAACCCAAACGGGCCGCUAGGAGGAAAGAAAGGGGAAAACAAGAUCAACAGACGCCCUGAGUUUGUUGUAGGAAGACCCAGAGAGAACAGAGCCCAGCAACAUUACCUGCCACCUGGGAAACAGCAGAGGAAGGAGAUGAGAGGGGGUGAGGUGGAGGAGGACAUUGUCACCCAGAUCGGCUCGGAGGCGUGUGGGUUGCACUCCCCCAGCGGAAGGAGCAUGCCAACCACAGGAUCGGCCGGUGCAGUUGAGGCAGGCAUGAACUCCAGUUCUACUGAUGUCAGAGUUAUGGGCUCAGGGGAAGAUGGAGUGUGGAUCAGAGGACAAACGGACGAAAGGUCUGGGUGGCCGGAGGAUGCAAGAUCUGUGCCAGGGUCAAAGCCGCUGAGGCAGGCGGGCAGCAAUAAUCUGGAAGCUGACCAGUGGCUUGAUGGAGAAUCACAGAACCCCGGUGAGCGCAGGCAUUGGACGUUGGAGCAGCAAAUCCAGCAGGAACUGGAUGAGGAACAGAGGAGGAGGGAAGAGCGAAGGUUUAAAAGGCAACAGCAGGAACACCCGACAGCAGAGCAGGAAGGGGCCGAGCAGCAGCAGGAGGACGGCGGGCAGCAGAGACAGCGGGAAGAGUAUCGAAGGAAAGUCCAGGAGAUGCAGCAGGCUAAAGAGAGGAUCCUGCAAGAGAGAGCAAAGGAGAAGGCACGUCUGCACAGGCUGCACCAGGAGCAACUGGAAGAGGAGCAGCGGCUCCUGAGCGAGAUGGACGAGCCUCAGCGGCAGGAGUACCUGAGGCUGAAGCAGAUCAGGGAGGAAGACGUGAGGCAGCAGUGGGAGAAGCGGCGGCAGCAGGAGGGCGAGAGGAACAGAUGGCUGCUCGAGGAGGCGCGGAGGGAAGCAGAGGCCUUCCUUAGGCAGAAGGGGCUGAUUGGGCAGGGCCUGAUGCUGCGUGGAGGGUUGCUGUUGGAGCUGCUGGAGUUGGAGCAGGGCCAGAACAUCACAAGGCCUUGGGUCUUCUCCUACUUUGAGCUGAUGGAGAUUCUGGGUCUGGAAACACCAGUGAAGAGUGAACAAGCAGAGAUUGGGAGUGAGUGAGUCUCUGCUUGGAAUGUGAACAUUUUCACCAGUCAAGGAAGGACUGAUUAAAAAUACAAAGGCUCUUAUUCAGAAAUGUGCACACAAACAAGGAAAAGGAGGCCAAUCUGCCCCUCGAACCUGUCCUGUGAUAGAAUCGUGGCCGAUCUGAUGACAUCCUCAUCUCCACAUUCCCAUCCAACCACGGUAACGCUUCAUCCCCUUGCCUUAGGAAUAUUCCUAGACACACAAGGACUUAAGAGAGCAAAAAUAAAACACUUCAUCUCUGCCUUGCAUCAGUAGGUGACCCUUUAUUUGUAAACUGCGAUGCUUCAUUCUAGAUCCACCCCAUGAAGAAAUAUCCUCUACUCAUUCACAAUCCCUCAGUAUUUUCCAGUGACACUGUGUGAGCCGAAGCACAUCAAUUCGAUCUUGGCUGUCAAAGAAAUACCCACAGUCCCAUUCUCCCACUAAUUUCCUGCACCCUAUUCUCCCACAUAUUCCCAGUAACACUACCCUGAGUGCCCUAUCACUGAGAAGCACCACGUAUUUGGUACGUGGGAGGACAUGGGAGAAUGUGGUGGGGUGGGGGAGUUGGGGAUAACCGAAGUCACAGGGACAAUGUGCAAAUUGUACAUGAACAUCAGAGGUCAGGGUCCAACCCAGGUCACUUGAAGCAACUGCAAUACUUGAAGGGAGGUGGUGUAGGACAGAUCAAGGAAAAAACGCAAGACAGUGACCGGGGGGGGGGGGGGGGGGGGGUUGCAGUGAGUAGCAGAGCAGCCUGGUUCCACUGGAAACACGAGAGACUGCAGACGCUGGAAUUGGGAGCAAAACAAAAAGCUGCAGGUCGAGCAGCAUCUGUGGAGG